CUAAUUUCUGUUACAUUUAAAAGAACAGUUCUCGCCGAAACACUCUGUGUGAUUCAUAUCUGCGAUUUAUAAAAGGAGAUACGUGCCUUGCAAUAAUAAUAAUUAAUAAUCCAAUUAAUUAUAAAUUUUAAAACUUAUCUAAUAACACCGCGUUUAUACUUUAAAUCAAGUAUUAUGGGAACCUGUCCGUCCAUCUUCUCGAGAAAGCAUCUUCGCCGAAGUAAAGAUGUUAGUAUUGAGAAUGAUAAUACAUUGAGCAGUAAUGAAUCUGGAGAAAAUGAAAAUGAAAAUUAUAUACCAUCAUACAGGUUACUUACACCUACACUCGAGAAUUUAAAAAAUGUUUUGUACGACGCAUUAAAUCCAUAUUUCGAGGAAUUCGAAAUUGCGGUGGUUAGCUGUCCUUGUCUAACCAAAAAGCCGUAUAAUCUUGCCGCAGCUGGACUAUCCGGUAACACGGGCAUUUUGGAGUUGGGUGAUUUUAAGUAUUUUAGUCCAAGACCGCAGACAAAUAUCGCAUACGACAUUCAAGAUAUAUUAUCAAGAUGUAAUGUCAAUGAUACUUUUGUUAUUGGAUCAGGUUUUGCCGCAAAACCAGCUAUGCCUUUUAACGGACACCUUACUAUGAACGCGGUAGUCUCGGCAAAUUCUACAAAUGUUAUCAAUAAUAGUUGUAUCGUAUAUGAGGUUGUUCCUAAAGAGUUAAAAAUGAAAAUUAUUUACGGUCAUAAUCAUAUUAAAUGCUGUUUAGUUGGCCAAUUUUUUUUCAGUGAAGGUAAACGAGGACCGGUGAUCAAAAUACGCGCUAAAGGUCGUAGAUCAAGAUCUAACAUAACAGCGUUAAUACAAAAGGCUUUUUCAAAUUGCUGUCAGUGUCUUCCAUUAAUGGGUUUAGGUAUCGUACUCGUAUUAAACGGAGGACAAACGGCUCAACUUAUUUUACCACAUGAUUUUGCACACUGUAGGUAUAAUCAAGACAAGGUUUACUAUGAGCGGUUAAUCCCGUAUAACUUAAACUGCAAAAAUUUAAUAGCUCUGGGGGCAAUAGAUAGCAAACGAUCACUUCCAAAAGAAUAUAACCAAAGGGUGAUCUUGGGAGAUGCUUAUAGCAUGUUUAAUACUCUCGCCAAUUUUCAAUCCGGCGGAGAAUUCUUCAAUGAUGUUACACCAGAGGAAACAGAGUACACUGUUUACAUCAAUAUAGCGCAAGAAAGAUGGUACAAAUAUUAAUGUGACAAAUAUUUUUAUUCUUAAUAUCAAGUUCGUUUUAUUAAAGCGCUAUGUAUUGCAAGAAACUGACGUAAGAUGUUAUCAUAAAAUAUUCGCGACAAAGGUAUAUCUAGGUUCGCAUAACGACACUCUCUUUUACUUUAGAACGCAACAAAUCGCAAUUCUUAUUAAUAUUUUUAUAUACUGACUAAGUAGUUCAGCUAGUCUAUCUUCCUGUUCUGAUUAUCUUUGAAAAAAAGAUAAAUUUUUCUAUAAAAACAAAAAAAUAUAAUUUUACAGAAUACUAUAAUAUAUAUUAUAUGUACACAUAUAUUUUGCGCAACAUAUAUAUAUAACUAAAUUUAUAUUUUUUACCUCAUUACUUUUUAAAGUAUACUAUCAAAAUUAAUUAAAUAAAAAAUAUUUUAAAUGUUAAUUAUAAGAUAUCAUUUAUAUAAAUUAUAUCGAUUAUUAAUA